CAGCCAUUCAGCGAUCCGACCACCACCUUGCAAUCACCUCAUGUCUGCCACAGCAAUCGCAGUCGCGUACCGCAGUUCGCAGCGCACUCUUCUCCUCUCUUCCCUGCCCCCUUGUGCUCUUGUCCGCCGAGCCACUAGCACGCGCCCACACCCGACGGCCUGCACCGCACCUCCUUUUGACUCAACUUAAGUCAAAGUGGCGCCAUUCUAACCGCAGGCCCGCUCUGCCAUAGUGUACUCGCUCAGCGAAUUUUGGAAAGGCUAUCCAUGCUGCCUCGAGAGCUAUUAAUUACGUCUGCCAAAUAAGCCGCUCGUAAAUGGCUGACGCGGCGACCUCAGACGCUGACGUGGCGAGGAACCGUCAGCUGAUAGACGCGUCUCGCAAGGGCGAUUUAGCGGCGGUCCUUGGGCUGAUCAAAGAUGGAGCUGACGUGGCCUAUGCAGACGUGGACGAUAAGGGGAAAACGGCGCUGAUGGCGGCAGCAGAAGGGGAAAGGGCGGAGGUGGUGCGGGCGCUGCUGGGAGAGGGGGCGGUGUGGAACGCGCUUGACAUGAGGGGGAGGGGCGCAGGGGACUAUGCGCUAGAGGGGUUGGUGGCGUGGGGGGAGGAGGAGGGGGAGGGGGAGGAGGGGGAAGGGGAGGAGGAGAGCAGAGAAGAGGAGAAGAAGAGGAGACAGGAGGUGUUGGAUACAUUGGUUGAUGCUGGUAUCAAAUCCGAGCUUAUUCUAGGAGCAGCGAGUAGGAACUUGACACGUGGCAGCACAGCAGCAGAACAGUCAGAACCUGCCCCGAAUGCAGCCUACCUGUCGGAGCGGCUGCAGCUGUCUGAGAGCCGACUGGUGGACGGGGAGGGAGGGGGCGUGAUGAUGCGGUGGGAGGGAGCACUGAUGCAAGCACAUGCGCAGGCGAUAUGCCAACAGGGUGGUGAUAUUCUCAACAUCGGGUUUGGAAUGGGCCUGAUAGACACCGCCAUUGCAGCUCGCAUCGGCCAAGCAGAGGGCGGGAUUCGAUCGCACACUAUAGUGGAGGCGCAUCCGGAUGUUAUAGCGAGGAUGAGGGGGGAGGGGUGGCACGAGAAGGAGGGAGUGAGGGUGGUGGAGGGACGGUGGCAGGACGUGCUGCCACAACUGGGGCAAUAUGAUGGCAUUUUCUUUGACACGUACGGAGAGUAUUACGACGAUCUACGCGACUUCCACUCCCACCUCCCUCAACUGCUGAAACCAAACGGAGUAUACUCCUUUUUCAACGGCAUGUGCGGCGACAAUGCGUUCUUCCACACGGUCUACUGCCACAUUGUGGCCUUGGAGCUGCAGCAUUUAGGGUUCACAACCCAGUACAUUCCGCUGCCUGUCAGCCGGUGUUUAGACAAUGAGACGUGGGCAGGGGUGAAGCACAAAUACUGGCAGCUGGAUGCUUACCACCUGCCUGUUUGUUAUCACGCGGAGGCAGAGGAGUGAGAGGAGAAGGGGGAGGUGGUAGAUAAGGAAGAGAAGGAAGCGGAGUAGCAGUAGAAGAGAGCGCUCUUCCACACCGUCUACUGCCACAUAGUUGCCUUGGAGCUGCAGCAUUUAGGGUUCACAACGCAGUACAUUCCUCUGCCUGUCAGCCGGUGUUUAGACAAUGAGACGUGGGCGGGGGUGAAGCACAGAGCUAGACGCAUACCACCUGCCCGUUUGUUACUACUCAGAGACAGAGGAGGGAGACAAAGUGGAGAAGGAAGGGGAGGGAGAGGCGGAGGGAGAGGCGGAGGGAGAUAAGGGAGGGACGGAAGGGGAGUAGCAGUAAAACAGCAACGCCUCGUUUCACAUGGUCUACUGCUACAUCGUUACCUUGGAGCUCCAGCACUUGGGGUUUGCAACCUGUGGAAGGGGAGCAGCAGUAGAGCAGCAGCAGCGCUUCCUUCCACACGGUCUACUGCCACAUAGUUGCCUUGGAGCUUCAACAUCUAGGGUUUACGCACUGGCUGACAGGCACAAUAUAUCCCACUGCCUACCAGCCGAUGUUUAGACAAUGAGACGUGUGCGGGUGUGAAGGAUAGAUGCCUACCGUAUUAGCGGCAAGACAGCAACGCUUCCUACUGUAAGAAAUUGAAAAGUGGUACAGGAGACUAAGUACGAUUUUAUCACAACA